UCGGUUCGCAAAAAUAGUUCGUCUUGCAAUCAGCUGGAUAGUGUUCGGUUACUAAACAUACUAUUUCACCACUAGUGCUGUCAUUUCAUUUGUGACUAGUCGCACAGCAUCCUGUUUACUACCGUUGUUUUUAUUCUGCACUUUUCUGCUUCCCGAAGACUCGCAGGAAAGUAAUCAUCACACAGUGUGUUUGCGCAAAUUACAGGCUUCUUCAUCACGGUAAAAGCGUGUAUUGGUGCCGUGUUUUUUGACAGUGACAGAGCGUCGUCCCUCUGUCCGCUUAAGUGGACCCCGAAAUUUUGCAACAACCCGUUCCCGGUAGGCUUAAUUUUACCGACCUCUGCUCGAUUGACACCGUCGGGAAAUUCCAUGAUGUCAUCCAACGGCGAUGAGCUACCGGAGGACGGGGCAUUUGCCGCCAGCAAAAACAGUUGGAAUCGCUACUAUCAGAACAGCGUAGUGCAGCCACUACUUACGGAUUUGUACCAAAUCACUAUGGCUUAUGCGUACUGGAAGUCGGGCAAAAUGGACGAUCAUGCUGUGUUCGAUCUGUUCUUCCGUACCAACCCAUUUCAGGGAGAAUUUACCAUUUUUGCCGGUUUGGAAGAGUGUCUCAAGUUCAUGGAAAAUUUCCACUACUCGGAAACAGAUAUUGAAUACUUGAAACACGCUUUGCCCCAAGGUAUUGAAGAGGAAUUUUUCGAAUACUUGAGCCAGCUAACGGCAAAGGAUGUUACUUUGUAUGCUAUUGCGGAAGGUUCGGUAGCUUUUCCUAGAAUUCCUCUCAUCAAAGUGGCUGGUCCACUGAUUAUAGUGCAACUGCUGGAAACAACUCUGCUGACCUUGGUGAACUACGCGAGUUUGAUGGCCACGAACGCAGCACGGUACCGCAUGGUGGCUGGGCGGCACAUCAAUCUGCUUGAGUUUGGCCUUCGUCGAGCUCAAGGGCCCGACGGUGGCCUUUCGGCGUCGAAAUACUCGUACAUCGGUGGCUUUGACGGAACCUCCAACGUUUUGGCGGGCAAACUUUUCAACAUUCCGGUGAAGGGCACGCAUGCCCACGCAUACAUUACAUCGUUUACCGGCACUCAAGAGCUGAAGACUCGUGUCCUGGCGCACAAGGAAUCCGGCGACAAGCGGGACCUGCUGGAGCUGGCCAUCAACCAUCGGAUCGAGCUCUCGAAAAUCCUGGACAUUUCGACGGAGGAAUCGAGCGAGGGCGAACUGGCGGCGAUGGUGUCCUUCGCGAUCGCAUUCCCCGACGGGUUCAUGGCCCUAGUCGACACGUACGAUGUCAAGAGUGUGACCCGCGGAUUCGACUAUCCAGAAAACGGUCUUCUUCAGUCCGGAACCGAGGACGACACCCAGGCCGUCAGUGCUCAACCCAAUGAUUCCAAUGAUGAGAACGAGACUGUUAACUCAGUCAUCCCAAUCAUCGAGGAAUGUGCUCCGACUGGAGAAGAACCGAACGAGGAGGUACUGGCCAACGGCGACGAGCAAAUCGUCGAAAAUGGAAACGAUAAUGGCGAGGACAACAACCUAACACUACGGCCCAGAUGCGCCAAAUGCGAGGCCAAUGCUCGGGAGACCAAGAUCUGCGUACUCGGUCAUCUGAAAGCGGUUGGGAAGUGCUUCAGGAGUGGCUUACUGAACUUCUGUGCCGUUGCGCUAGCGCUCAACGACCAGGGUUACCGAGCGGUGGGAAUCCGCAUCGAUUCCGGCGAUCUGGCUUACCUGAGCUGCCUUGCGCGGGAAACUUUCGAACGGAUUUCCGAGUGCUUCAAGUUGCCCUGGUUCAGCCGGCUCACCAUCGUGGCAUCCAACGACAUCAACGAGGAGACGAUUCUCAGCCUGAACGAGCAAGGUCACAAGAUCGAUUGCUUUGGCAUCGGAACGCAUUUGGUAACUUGCCAGCGACAGCCGGCGCUGGGAUGCGUCUACAAGAUGGUCGAAAUUAACAACCAGCCAAGAAUCAAACUCAGCCAGGAUGUGGCCAAGGUAACCAUGCCGGGUAACAAGAACGUUUUCCGCCUGUACGGCGCUGAUGGCCACGCUCUCAUUGACCUGCUGCAACGGGUCGACGAAAGUCCACCGGAAGUGGGCCAAAAAGUGCUUUGCCGUCAUCCGUUUCAGGAAUCCAAGCGAGCUUACGUUAGUCCGGCACGCGUAGAAAUCCUGUACCAAGUGUACUGGACCGACGGACGUGUAACGCAAGCGAUGCCAUCGUUGGACGAGGUGCGCGAAAGAGUGCAAAAUUCGCUGCGGACCCUACGGCAGGAUCAUAAGCGUACACUUAACCCAACGCCUUACAAGGUUGCAGUCAGCGAUAACCUAUAUAAUUUCAUACACGAUCUCUGGUUACAGAAUGCCCCCAUCGGCGAACUGUCAUGAUAAGUUAGCGCUACGCUAUGAUAUCACCGAUUCAAUUGCCUUUGAAUCGCCUCAAUAUUUGUUACGUAACGCGGCAAAGCAGCGUUCGUUACAUUUGGUAGCUCUUUGUAUUUCUUUUAGAAAUAUUAAGAAAGGUAGAAAGUACAUUGAAAAAUCGCACCCGAACUUUGCACAACAUAAUAUUUGAACAGAGAGAUUUACUGCAAUACAAACCAGAACAAUUUAUGCUAUAGGAUGAUGAGUUCAAACGUAUUUACUGCAAAACUAUUUUCAAAAUGAAGGCUUAUUUUUUAGACAAGGAACAGGUUCAGAUUAUGGUCAUUCCAAAGCGAUCUGCUACUAAUUCUACGAAUCUUUGUUUUAGAAACGCUAUUUUAGUUUAGGAGCUUUACCCAAAACAAAGUACAACAUUUUUCGAAUUUUGUUUUCGAGAGUUUUGAAACUCACAAGUUAGCUUUCUAUCACUAUAUUUAGACAUACAGAUUAAUUUUACUACGGAACAGUAAACCAAUCUACCAAUUAACAGCAAAAAAACAAGAAAUAUUGAAGCCGUACUAAUCUUAAACGCAAACAGAUACACAAGUGUUGUAUACAGCACACAUAUUUUCUGUUCAGUGAUCAACCAAACAAUACAAAACACAAGUUAUCGUGCCUUCGAACACUACACGGAUUUUUAAGUAAAAGUUUAGCGGUAUUUUAAAAACAAGAACGUUAUAUCUCUAGAGCGUACAAUAGCGACGCGAACAGGAUUUCAAGUUAGUUUAUUUCGAUUCUUAAAAAUAAGCUUUCAUUCGAUAGAGCACUGGCCGAGAAGACAACUGCAAUCCAAAUGUUUCGGUUGAUAGAUGAUACAGUGUACCUACAAUUUACAAGCUUGUUGAGCAUGCUAAAAACUAGCUGACGUUCGUACAUUACAUAUUUUUAAUUACCUACCCAUAGGUAGAGGGUCCACGGUAUUGAGGAAUUGUAUAAUUUUUAUAGAAUGAAAAGUUUGAUACGAAGUUUAAAUCCUUUUUAAUUUAUAAUUACGAAGAGUUUAGUUUUUGAAAUUUAUAAAUUUUUCUUCAUGGUUCGUUCUGGUAUUUCUAUUUUUUAUCAUCAACCGGGACGUUAAUUUUUUUCUUUCCUCCAAUCUGAUGAUUCUAAACCGAUUGUUGAAAUAUGAUAAAGUAGCAGCGAUUACAACAGUACAUAAUAAUUGAUUAGAAACCCAUUAUCGCAUCUAUACAUGUAAUAAAGCAGUAAAAAUACACACAGCAAAACCCACUGAUUAAAGUAUGUAGCAAAAAUGCAAAACCAAUUGAGUAGAAGGAAAAAAAGCUUAAACGCAAAUGGUGAAAAUGAAAAUUGAAUAUCUACCUAGUUAAAUGAAAUUUGUGCGAGCUCACCAUGCUCUGGGCUUCGAUAAGUACAUGUGAAACAAUAUAAAUAAAAUGUUAUUUAUUCAAGA